AUGGGUGGAGAAGCUCCGCAUCCUGCCCCCACCCCAGCCUCGCGAUCGCUACCCCGGCUAGCCGAACGGCCAGUUGGCCAGCGCAUCACCAAGAUCUAUACAGAUAGGCUUCGCCAGUUUACAGACCAUGGUCAAUAUGAAGGCCAAAACCUCGUCGCGAAAUACUACGAAGCAAUCAUCUCCGACAGCGACCAUGUCAAGCUGUCCGUCUACUCGGUGCCGAAACUGGAACGCCCGACUUUCGAGGAGGCGACCUCCAAUAAGUUCAAACCGACCCAUGUCGGAGAGUCAUUUGGCCCUAGCUGGUCAACACAUUGGUUCCGAAUCCAUUUGACAGUCCCCUCUGAUCUUCUCAAGAAGGAACGAUUGGAGUUCCACUGGGAUGCUAACAACGAGGGCUUGGUGUGGACCGAGGACGGACACCCUUUGCAAGGAUUGACCGGUGGUGGAGAGCGAACUGAAUGGAUUAUCCCGGACGCCUGGCGUGAUGGGAAGCAGCAUACCUUUUAUAUCGAAAUGGCCUGCAAUGGCAUGUUUGGUAACGCUCCGGGCGGGGAUUCAAUCCAGCCGCCUAACCCAGACAAGUACUUCCAACUCAGCAAAGCGCAAAUUGUUGCGGUCAACUUGGAGGCGCGAGCGCUCUACUAUGACUUUUGGAUUAUUGGCGAUGCCGCUCGCGAAUUCCCGGGUGACUCGUGGGAAGCCCACGAGGCUAAUAUGGUGGGCAAUGCUAUGAUUGAUGCUUUCAUUGCGGGCGAUGGAAGCCAAGAGUCCAUCAAAGACGCACGCAAAAUUGCACAAAAGUACCUUGGCGACAAGGUUGAUUCCGCGGAUGUCUAUGCGCCAGACACGAAACCAUAUGUCUAUGCGAUUGGACAUUGUCACAUUGAUACGUGCUGGCUCUGGCCCUGGGCAGAGACUAAGCGCAAGGUCGCAAGAUCAUGGUCGAAUCAGUGUGAUUUGAUGGAGCGGUAUCCUGAACAUCGUUUCGCCGUAUCCCAGGCCCAGCAGUUCAAAUGGCUUAAGCAAUAUUACCCGUCUGUUUUCGACCGAGUCAAGCGAUGGGUACGAAAGGGUCACUUCCAACCUAUCGGAGGUAGCUGGGUCGAGCAUGAUACCAACAUGCCCAGUGGCGAAUCACUUGUCCGUCAGUUCAUCUAUGGCCAGCGCUUCUUCGAAAGCCACUUUGGCAAACGGGCUAGUACUUUCUGGCUGCCAGACACGUUCGGAUACUCCACACAGAUCCCGCAGAUCUGUCGCCUUGCCGGCAUGAACCGGUUCUUCACGCAGAAGUUGAGUUGGAAUAAUAUUAACAACUUCCCACAUACCACCUUCCAGUGGGUUGCACUCGAUGGUAGCCAAGUGUUGUGCCACAUGGCUCCUGCGGAGACAUAUACGGCCGAGGCCCAUUUCGGUGAUCUCAGACGCAGUGUCACUCAACACAAAUCGAUGGACAAGGACAAAUCAUCUUUGCUCGUCUUUGGCAAGGGAGAUGGUGGUGGCGGCCCGACCUUUGAGCAUCUGGAGAAAUUGCGCCGAUGCCGUGGCCUCAGCGAUAAGAUUGGUACUCUACCCAAGGUUAAGAUGGGCGAAUCGGUCGACGAUUUCUUUGAGAAGCUGGAGACUAAGGCUGCUAAUGGCACCGAGUUCGCGACUUGGUACGGCGAGUUGUACUUUGAACUGCACCGCGGUACCUACACAACCCAAGCCAACAACAAGCGCAAUAACCGGAAAUCGGAAUUCUUGCUGCGUGAGAUUGAGCUCCUGGCUACUCUGGCUACCCUUCGUGGUUCAGACAAGAAGUACAAGUACCCUAAGGAGCAGAUCGAUGAAAUGUGGGAGGGAACCCUGCUCUGUCAAUUCCAUGACUGCUUGCCGGGCAGUUCCAUUGAGAUGUGUUAUGAUGACUCCGACAAACUCUACGAUGAGAUCUUCAAGACCGGUCAAAAGCUGCGCAAGGAUGCUCUUGCGGCAUUGGGAAUUACUGGCAGCACCGACCUGGUAGCUCUUAACACUUUGCCUUGGCCUCGUUCAGAGGUUGUGAAGAUUCCCGCGCCCUUGGUCGCGUCCGAUGGAUCCAAGUAUGCUCUGGUUGAUGGUUCGACUGGUGUGAUUGCAUGCAAGCCAGUUGAUUUCAAGACCACCACCAGUGUCACCGUGUCUCAAAUUUGGCCUGGUGCUUUCCGUCUGCAAAAUGGCAAACUCAAGAUUGACGUCCAAGACGGCGUUAUUGUUUCCCUAUUCGAUGUCGAGGCGCAACGAGAAGUCAUUUCCAAGGGCGGCAAGGCCGGUCAGCUGGUCAUAUUCGAUGACAAGCCUCUUUACUGGCAGGCCUGGGAUGUGGAGGUGUUCCAUCUGGAGUCGCGAAAGGAGCUUCCCGUCAGCAAGACAUUCAUUGCAGAAAAUGACCACAAUCGAGCCAGUCUGGUGACUGAAACGAGAAUUAGUGACAAGAGUUGGGUCAAAACUACCAUCAGUCUUUCUGCAUCUGUCUCCUCUGAGCCGUCCGUGGUCGAGUUUGAGAGCGAAGUUGAGUGGCAUGAGACUAUGAAAUUCCUCAAGGUUGAAUUCCCAGUUGAUGUGACCAACACUGAAGCAUCCUACGAAACUCAAUAUGGUAUUGUCAGACGCCCGACUCAUUACAACACAAGCUGGGACAUGGCCAAAUUCGAAGUUUGCUGCCACAAAUGGGCCGAUCUCUCUGAGCACGGGUACGGUGUCUCGAUUCUCAACGAUUCCAAGUAUGGUUUCGCUACAUGCGGCAACUUGAUGCGCCUCUCGCUGCUCCGUGCCCCCAAGGCCCCAGACGCCCAUGCCGAUAUGGGCCGCCACCAUAUCCGCUACGCCAUCCUUCCCCACUCAGGUGGUCUGGAUGCUCGCACUGUCCGCGCCGGCUAUAACUUCAACCACCCACUGGUCAUCGAGCAGGGAAGCUCCCAGAUCUCCCGGUACAACGCUGCCUUCAAGGCUGUUUCAAUCCAGGGCGGGUCGUCCAUUAUCUUAGAUGCCGUCAAGCGUGGCGAGGAUGAUGAGGACGUCUCUACUGGUGGUAUUUCCUCUCGUCCUGGCAAGAGUGUGAUCUUGCGCGUCUACGAGUCUAUGGGCGGGAAGGCCCGCGGCUCUAUUCACAGCGCAUUGCCUGUGAAGAAAGUCUGGAAGUGCAACGUCCUUGAAGAUGACGAGGAGGAAUUGGAGAUUCAGAAGACCAAGGAAGGAUCCGUCACUGUGGAUAUCGAGGUACGAGCGUUUGAGAUUGCUACCUAUCGGCUUCAGCUGUAA